GGCAUUGCUGACAAGGUGGUUGUCUUGGACUGUUCAGAAAGUACAAUGAAAGGAGGAACAAUGGAUUUAGAAAUCUUUGCCCUCCCAAAUGUGGAAGUCAGUAGAGAUUUUUCUGCCACGAGAGAUUCCAAAGUGGUGGUGCUUACAGUGAAUUAUUUAGGCAAUGCUCAGUCCUAUCUGGAUGUUGUACAGAACAAUGUGGACCUGUUCAGAGGCAUUAUUCCAUCAGUAGCACACUAUAGUCAAAACAGUAUACUGCUUGUGGCAUCCCAGCCAGUGGAAAUAAUGACAUAUGUAUCGUGGAAGAUGAGCGGAUUUGCCAAAAGCAGAGUUAUUGGGAUCGGCUGCAACCUGGACUCAGCAAGAUUCCAAUAUAUUAUUACAAAUCUGCUGAAAUCACAGUCCAGAGGCAAAGAUACUUGGAUUAUUGGUGAACAAGGGGAAAACAAAG